CCUUCCAUAGCCGCUACUCUACUAGAUAUCAUCAGUUUUGUGAACAAUCGUGUUUCUUAUGAAAGUAGUUUACUAACACAACUUGAAAAUUAUUUACUGAAGUCACGAUGUCGUGGCUAUUUGGGUACAGUUCAAAACCUCCACAACCUCCUCCUUCGGACGAUCCACCAGCCGAUGGGGUUGGUGUUGCCGCACCUUCUACUAACCUUUCUAAAUCAGAGAGGAAAGCCAUGGAAGCCUACCGGUUUGAUUCAAGUGCCCUAGAGCGAGCUGCAUCGGCUGCAAAAGAGCUGGAACGAUCAAGACAUGCAAAAGAUGCUUUGGAGCUUAGUAAACUUCAGGAAAGUACUCGACAACAGGAGCAAAUGGCCAAGAUUAAGGAAUAUGAAGCAGCCAUUGAACAAGCUAAAGUAGAACAAAAGAAAGUUGAUUAUGAAGAAAGACGAAAAACAUUACAGGAAGAAACAAAACAGCACCAAAUGAGAGCUCAAUACCAAGAUCAAUUAGCUAAAAAACGUUACGAAGAACAACUUGUACAACAACAGAAAUCUCAAGAAGAAAUUCUCAGAAAACAAGAAGAGAGUGUAGCAAAACAGGAAGCCUUAAGGAGAGCUACUAUAGAACAUGAAAUGGAGCUGCGAGAGAAAAAUAAAUUGAGAGCAAUAGAAGCAGAAGCUCGAGCCAAAGCGCAGGCUGACAGAGAAAAUCGAGACAUAAAUCUUGAACAAAUUAGACUAAAGGCUGCUGAGAACAGAGUUACUAUUCUAGAAAGUAUAAAGACAGCUGGGAGCGUAGUAGGUUCUGGUCUGAAUGCAUUAGUGACAGAUUGGGAUAAAACUUUAGCUGCUGCAGGGGGUUUGUCAUUAUUGGCACUUGGUGUUUAUUCAGCAAAGGGAGCCACAUCGGUUGCAGCUAGAUUCAUUGAGGCUCGCAUUGGAAAACCCACACUUGUUAAUGAAACCUCAAGAUUUUCAUUGUUAGAGGCAGUUAAACAUCCUAUAUUGACAGUUUCAAAAGCUGUUUCGAGUUUUAGAAAACCUCAGGAUGCUCUGGCUGGUGUAGUUCUAGCUCCAAAUCUGGAAAAAAGAUUGAGAGACAUUGCGAUUGCUACAAAAAAUACUAGAUUGAAUAAAGGUUUUUAUAGAAACUUGCUCAUGUAUGGACCUCCUGGAACAGGAAAAACAUUGUUUUCCAAGAAACUUGCAAAACAUUCUGGUAUGGAUUAUGCCAUAAUGACGGGUGGUGAUGUUGCUCCUAUGGGCAAAGAUGCAGUAGCAGCUAUCCAUAAAGUAUUUGACUGGGCAAACACCAGCAGGAAAGGUGUUCUUGUUUUCAUUGAUGAAGCAGACGCAUUCUUGAGAAAACGUUCUUCAGAAAAAAUCAGUGAGGAUUUAAGAGCAGCAUUGAAUGCAUUCCUCUACAGAACUUCUGACCAAAGCAGCAGGAUUAUGUUGGUUUUGGCCUCGAACACACCUCAACAAUUUGAUUCUGCUAUCAAUGACCGUCUCGACAAAAUGAUUGAAUUUGGUUUGCCAGCUCUUGAAGAGAGAGAAAGAUUGAUUCGCCUUUAUUUUGAUAAAUUUGUUCUGCAACCAGCAUCUGAAGGAAAGAGACGAUUAAGCGUUGAUCAAUUUGACUAUGGUGCUCUGUGUUCGACCUUGGCAACGAGAACAGCUGGUAUGUCUGGUAGAGCACUUUCAAAAUUGGGUGUGGCAUGGCAAGCCGCCGCCUACGCCUCUGAUGAUGGUCGUCUCACCGAACAAAUGUGUAUCGACAUUUGUGAUGAUGCUGUCAGAGAUCAUCGGCAAAAGAUGGAGUGGCUAUCAGCUGAAGAGAAAAGUCGUAGUAUGAUGCCAUAUUUAUUAGACUUGCCCCCCUUAGAUACCAAGGAUGAUACCUCGAAUAAAAUUAAUGUUAUAGAAAAAGAUACCAAUGAUGAUAGUACCAAGAUAAAGCCCAAAUCUAAGGCAAAGGUAGCAAAGGAAUUUGAUAAAGAUAAGUGACACUUAACACUAUUAGUCACAAAAAAGCCAGCAGAAUUAAAUGAAAUGUGUUCCACCAACAAAGUAGAUAAUAGUACCCAUGAAACUCAUGAAGCCAAUUUUGACUUUCGCAUUUCUAAACCAUAUACUUACGUACAACUAAGUGAUAGUGAAAUAAAACAAAUGCAACACCUUUCAAGACAAAUGAAAAUAAGAUUGACAAAGAGCAAAUAGAAAAUUGGACUUCAAUUUCAUAGAAUAAUAAUUGUAUGAUGCCAUUUGCAGCUACUUAAUGCGAGUUUGAAAAUCUGCAAUCAUUAAUAGUAUAUAAAAAUUGCAUUCCUGAAUCGAAUAAAUUAAAAUUCUAAAAAUAAUUAGCUAUAUAUUUACAUAUAUUUAAAAAUGCAUUUUAAAGUUUCAAAAUAAACUGAAGCAAUGGAACAUGGUGUUAAAAUAUAAUAUUUGUUGAAAAGAGGCCUUCACAUGUGCGGGGUUAGCUUAAGCUUGUUAUUGUUGUUACACGCUUGGUAAUUUAACUGUUUAAAAUCUGGGCAAGGUAACUUGAGUAAUAUUUUUAAGUCUUAUGGUCUUCAUUUAAUUUUGAUGUACGUAUAUGUACGAAUAUCCCUGCUAUUUGAUCAAGAUGUGCAUAUGUUGAGUGAAUUUAAUUUCUUAGUAUUAGUAAAAUAACCUGUUUCUUUUGAAAGGUUAAUUAAACUAAUCAAAGUUUAAAUAAUCUAGUAAAUCUACCAAACAAUUUUCUGAAUUUUUUGGUUCAUUGAUGAUUUCUUAAAAAAAAACAAUCUUAUUUGUGAGCUAAUUAGAAGCUUAGGAUACAAGAGAGUCAAGGAUUUCCAAUAUAAAAUCGCAAUCUAAAAUAGUGAAAUUGCAAGUGUUAAAUAUAACCAAUAUCGACUCGAAAAUCUAUAGGUACUUUGUUAGCUUUUUUUGACCUGGCCAUCCUGCCCAUGAAUAGUUAAAUUUUCAAUAUCAUUAAUCCAUACUUUGCCUUCGCAUAAUGAAUCAUUGCUACAACAAACAAUUGAGCAACUCUUAAACAACACUUAGGGUACUUAGGGGUAUAAAUUCUGUAAUUGAAAACAAUGAUAAUUUUAAUAAUUGAUUAUUUAGUAAAGACGCUAAUCUGAUUCUGCCUUAUUUAGAAUUAGUAUGGCAAUAAAUGGUAAUGGUGAUAAAAUGAAA